CAGCUGUCAGACCGCACUGCGGAGCCCGGUGCCAGCAUGGACGGGGUGGACGUGUGGGCCAGCACCCUGGCCCAGCUGAUGGCCAAGAGGAAACCCCAGGACACCUGGGAGCUGGUUCCUGAGGAGAACCUGUCAUCCGGGCACGUGGAGGGCGGUGGUUUCCAGUACCGGCUGAGGGGGCUUUCCAGGCUCCAGUGUGGCCGCUGCCAGUGGGGCUGGUCCUCAGCCCACGUGCACAUCCUCUUCCAGGCGUGCUUGGACGAGGACAGCCGCCUGGGGCUGGUGAAGAUGCGCAUCUGGGGCCAGCGGUGCCGGCUCUGCCCGCCGGGCACUGGGGGUGAUUGCCAGGUGAGCCUUCUGAACGUGCGGCUCUUUCUCAACAAGCUGGUCCCGGUCAUCCUGCAGAAGUGCUAUGGGGAGAGCCUCAGCUCCGACCAGUGCCCCGAGAUCUGCUUCGGGGAGCGCUGCGAGGCCUGCGAUCUGGGCGUCUGCUUCUUCCAGAAGCCCCCAGAUCCAGCCUGGGGGCCUGAGGUCAGGAGCACGCCCACCAUCAAGGGCAGGUACACCUUGUUCGGAGAGGAUGGCGUGGCCACCCCCGCUGCCGGCAAGCAGCUGCUCACCCUCGGCAGCGGGCCCGUGGUCGAUCGUGCCAGGGGCUACACCCCCAACUCCAUCACCAUCCCGCUGUCGGUGUCCGACUUCAUCAGGAACCCGAUUUCUGAGAGCAGCAACUUCUUCAACCAAGAUGAUGACAUCGUCACCGUCCCCUUCUCCCUCGUGCAUGUGCACAGGGACCAGGGGCACGUCGGCCCCAGUUCGGGCUACCCCCCAGCGGCCGACCCCCACGCACCACUUAUCAUCGCCAAGGGCUCCAUCUACUUGCCCGCCAGGUCCACGGCCACGUCCAAGCGCAGAGGCCUCCUGGUGAACAUCAAAUGCCCCAUCUUCCAUGGCAGAGGCCUCCUUAUCAGCAGCAUCAAGCCCUUCCAGCUGAAAGGCUUCAUCUUCAAAGGCCGGGGCUCCAUCUCCAGCCCCACCGACCCUGAGAAGGGCCUGGGCUCGGUCCCCAGUGCUGCUGAAAAUGACCCCCCACCGGUGUCCUAUAUCAUUGGCCUCACGGAUGAUGGAGAGGGCUCCGUCACCUUCCCCUCGUCUUUGGCAGACCUCAUCAGAGACAACUCCAUCCCCGGCAUUGAUGGCUGCGUCACCUUCCCCUUCAUCUUUACGGAUGAAGACAAAGGCAAGAAUGCUCCUGCCAAUACCCCCCAAGGCAAGGAGAAGGAGGGUGGUGGUGAAGGCCCUGUCCCUGCCGGCCAGGAUCCUCUCCCGGGCACCCAUGCCCGUAGACCUGUCACCGUCAGCGAGGGCUCCAUCAGCAUCCCCUUCUCCGUCUUCAACCUCAUAAGACACAAGGGCCCUGGCUCCAUCGCCAGUGGCCGCCGGAGCAGUGGCCUGGCCGUGCAUGGCUAUGACAAGAAGAUGAUGCAGCCGAGGGCCAGGCUCAGCGGGUCCGGCUCCGAUCCCGGCUGGGAGGAGGACUUCUGCUGGGAUGGCGAUUGCUGCGCGCCGCGUUUCGACCCCUAUGAAGAAGUGUGGAUCUGGGUGUCCAUGACUGUCUGUGUCCUCUGGAUCAUGUACCUGUACAAGUUCAGCCCCUGACGGCCACCGCAGCCCUGACGCUGCCUGCCGGGGUCUCCCCGUGCCCCUCAGACGCAGAGCAGCGGGACCCUCUGCCCCUGCCCGCAACCCCAGGGCCCCCAACCCACCCCUGCCCGCCCUCCCUGAGCCAAGCCUGGGCCCACAGCCUUCUCCUGCACCCCUGCUUCUGUGUGUCUAGUCUCCUGAUGGGAGUCGUGGCUUCAUGGACGUCUACACUGUGAUUAUCUGCCAAGCUGCCCACCUGGGGUCCAAGCGUGUGUCUGUGUGAGUGUUAUGGUCCAAUAAAAUAAAAGUUAAAAGGAGAAAAA